AUGGCAAAUAUUCCAACGGCACCACAUGAUCGAAUAACCGCAGAAAAAGUCGCGCGUAGCCCAAAGUGCGCCAGAUGUCGGAACCACGGCUUCGUCGUGGCGUUAAAAGGCCAUUCGGACAAAUGUCAGUUCAGGUCGUGUUUGUGCUGGAAGUGCUCUCUAAUCGUCGAGAGGACGAAAAUCCUGGCGUCUCAAAGACGCAUCAAAACCGUUCAUGGGAAUUAUUUAGCGAGCGCGGAGGCACAUCGUCCAGAACAUGCCGCUCAACCUGGCGAGGCAACGGACUCCGCGGGAAAUAGUACUUCAAGUAACGGAGUAAACGGUGAAACCGGCGUCAGUGCGGUUAAAUCGCCCGUUCGUCGAGCUGACACUGACGGUAAAACAUACAGGGAACUCCGAGCACCGGUGAUCGCUGAUGUUAGUUCCAGUGCUGAUCACUGUGAAGUGAAGACACCGGCGGGACUGAGCGCUCCAGAACCACCCCCUUUUCCAGGAGAGUACAGAAUUACAGAGGCGAUUCCAAGGCACAUUUAUCCAGGAGAGAUGUUUGCAAUACCUUUUCCUGUAUACCCGCAUUACCCGGACAGAUACAUGUACCCCGCUGUGUUGGUGACUGUGAGAUCAACCGCACCAGGAACCUUCAGGAAGCCCAUUGUGUUUCUCCCCUCAUCACCAGGUGCACUGUCUCACCCACUGGACACUUGUGAAUCGCAUGUGCCACUUUAUAGUCCGUACCCUCCAUAUCCAGAGGUUAGGGAUGAACACGGGCCAAGACCUCAGCACCACCCACAGUCUCACAUGGAUGGAGAACAAAUAACAUCUAAAGUUCCACCUCAGGCUGGAUGUAUAUCAGAAGGUCAAGUUUGUGGUAUCCAUGAAGCAGACUUUGUACCUGUUGGUAGUCCUUCCACAAACAGCACCCCAUGAAGCAGACAAGACCUUCAGCCCUUUUUUUGACCAAAGCUACAUCUUUUGUCUUUUUUGUAUGUUAACACGUGCAUUCAGUGUACACUGUUUACUUUGUAAAACCCAAAGUAUUAGUUCUUAUAGUCCUUUUAAUGGCAGCUAUAAUGCAUGUUCAUUACAGUGAUGUUGAUGAAUCCAUGAUAUGUGUAAGACACCUAAAAUCAAUGUUGUUUUUUUAUUGUUCCAGUAGAAGCAACAGUUUGUUUUUACACUACUAUUAGUUGAUUACUGAAUCGAUAAUGAUAUCAGUAGUCAUUGCCUGUUGCACUAGUUUUACAUAUAAUUGUAAAUCCAACCAAUUAAGUUAGAAAGUUGAAUGUCACAAGCAGUUAUGCUUCUUAUCAUACAGCCUUUACUUGUUUUUGUUUUUUAAGAGAACUGGUCCAGGAUUAUAUGUGUUGUUUUCCUAACUCUUGAAAAGGCUUUGAUGAAUAAAUUCUGUUCAGUUCUGAUGAUUUUGUGUCUUUCUGAACUUAACUGAUGCAACUCAGUAUCUUCAAUUAACACAUUUUGCCCUUGUAACUCAGACUGCCAUCAGUCUUGUCCUGUUUGCACUCUGGAUAACAAACAUUAAAAUUUCCAGAAUGAACAUCUUGCUUAAUUUGCUCAUCUGAUCUCUGAUGGCAUAUGCACUACACUGUCUGAAUACUCCAAA